GAGAAGGGUAUGCGGCCACCGCCACUUUCCGGUUUCCACGCCUAUAUAAACUCUGCCCCUCCGCUCUUUCCUUUUCUCAUUGUCUUCUUGAGUUCGUCCGAUCUCGUCUACGCGUUUUGAUUCUGAGCUCUUACUUGCAUCCAGUCGAGCAGCGCGGCUCCGCUUAGUCCGAGCUAAAAGUUUCGAUCACCGUACCGGUACCCAAAGGCAUAUAUAUGGUUGACAUAGACGCACAGAUCCCUGGAGCAUUUGACCCAUUCACAGAGGCAAACGACACAGGUGCGCCUGGGGCCAAGGAGUAUGUGCAUAUCCGGAUACAGCAGAGGAAUGGGAAGAAGAGCCUGACGACAGUGCAGGGACUGAAAAAGGACUUUAGCUACGAGAGGAUCCUGAAGGACCUCAAGAAGGAGUUCUGUUGUAAUGGGAAUGUUGUUCACGACAAAGAACUCGGCAAGGUCAUUCAACUCCAAGGCGAUCAGCGCAAAAACGCCUCCCAUUUCCUUGUUCAGGCGGGGAUAGUGAAGAAAGAGCAGAUUAAGAUACAUGGGUUUUGAGGACUGUGACGUGAUUUGAUGUGGUGGGUGUUAUAUUAUGUGGGUUAGUGCUUUGGGAAUUCUCUGUUUCUACGUAGUCAAGGAGUUUUCUGCUUGUUUGAAAUCUGGGUAGUAGUGGUGGUGGUAGCGUUGUGCUUUUUCUAUUUUCAGAAGUUUGUGUGUGGCCCUUGAGCCCUUGAUCUUUGUUAUGCGUCUAUGGGAACUUCUUUACUAUCAAUAAGAUUGCUCGCUUUUUU